AUGUGGUAUAAAAGGGGGAAAACGUAUACUAAUUUUUACAGUUUGUACCAUAUUCUAUUAACUAUAAAGUUGCAAGCACAGCACGGAGGCUGGAUAGCCUACGUUGUUGCAAGUACAAUACAAAGGAAGCAUGGAAAAGAAGAAACCACUAUAACCUACUUAAAAAAUGACAAGCAACCAAACAUAACCUAUAUUAAACACAUUGCAAAAACAACAAUGAAAACAUUUGAAAUUGUGUUUGGUACUUAUGAAGAGUUUUUAGUGGGAUAUGAUUUUUUUGACGAACAAGCACGUUUGGUUCAAAGCUUUGCAUCUCAUGAUCAUACGGCCAGUUUACGUACGUUGGCGACAUGUGAUCAUUAUGUAGCUUCAGGAGGAGCUGAUGAUCGAAUAAUAAUAUACGACUUUCGUCUAAGGAAAGAACAUUGUAUGUUAUCACAUCAUAAUUCUACUAUUAAUUGUCUAGAGUUUACUCCCAAUCAUUCUCAUAUUAUUUCUGGUAGUCAAGAUGGAGUAUUGGCAAUUACCAGAGUUGGUAACUGGCAGGUAGAAAAGAUUUGGGAUAAAGCUCACAGAGGUUCAGCCACUAUAGAUAUUGCUGUACAUCCCACUGGCAAAUUAGCUUUAACACUAGGUGAAGAUUGUACUUUACGCACUUGGAAUUUAGUUAAAGGUAGACAAGCAUAUGCCAUAAAUCUCAGAAGCAAAAGUAAAGAUGCAAAAAGUUUAAGCAAAAUAUGCUGGUCUGUUGAUGGAGUGAGGUUUAUUAUUUUUGGUGGCAAAUACACAGAAAUAUGGAGCAUUGAAACAGGUGGCAUAUUACAAGUAAUUGAACAUGAAGUUAAAGUUACUAGCUGUAUUUGGUAUACAACCAAAAAAAUAUUAAUUGGGUAUGAGGAUGGAAAUGUUUGUUUAGUAAAAUUAUCUACAUUAAAAAAAACGUUACAUAAAGUUCAUGAACACAGAAUAAAAGCACUGGCCAAAUAUAAUGAUUGGAUAAUUUCUGGCUCUAGCAGUGGAGAAAUAAAGGUUUAUAAUAAAGCAUUCGAAGAAGUAUGUAAAGUUAAUUCAGGGUGUAGAAUCACGUCGAUGGUUAUAAUUGAACCUAUACAAAUAAAAAAAGAAAACUCUGAAGAUAUAGUGGCUAUUGAAGCAGAUGAAUUACAGGAAAGCAAUUCUCCUAAAUAUAGCACAAAAAAGAGAAAACUGCAAAUCAAGGAUAGGUCAGAAGAGAAAAGUGAAAAAAUAACUGAAGUAAAUGUUCCAACUAAAAAAAAGAAAAAGUUGAAGCUUAUUAAAGAUAGUUAAAUAAUAAAUUAUUUGUUAAUAAAGUACUCAAUUCUAUUUAAA